AUGGCGGGGAGGAACAGUAAUCGUGACAAUAGCGUUGCUCUGAUGGAUCUUUUGCUUGCUGUAAUGUUCUUUGGUGAGCAUUUGGAAGUGAAUUGUUUGGAGCAAGGCUUGAGGUUGAAACUUGAGGAGGAUGAAGAAUUUGUGGUGUCAAGCUUAGAGGAUAACAUGCCAUUCCUACAGAUGCUUCAGAGUGUAGAAUCCCCACAAUUUAUCCCCUUCGAAGAACCAAGCUUUCAGACACUCUUGAGACUGAAGAAACCAUGGGAAAAAGUAGCUUACAUACCCAUAUCGGAGACUCAAAGUCAAGCCAUGGAGAUUGAGAGCUGCGUCACACAUGACCUGGUGGAGAUGCAGUCACCACACCAGUCCCAAACCAACCACCUUCAACAUCCGCAUCAAGUUCAAGAUAGUAACAAGAAUGUUAUUGCAGAUUCUGCAGCUACAAUCAAACGUCCCAAAACUCAGGUUGCUACACGGGAACGUAGAAAGAGAAAGAGAACGAGACAAACGAAGAACAAGGAAGAUGUUGAGAACCAGCGUAUGACUCACAUUGCAGUGGAACGCAACAGGCGACGCCAAAUGAAUGAGCAUCUCAGUGUUCUAAAAUCCCUCAUGCCCCCUUCCUAUAUUCAAAGGGGUGACCAUGCAUCAAUCAUUGGAGGUGCAAUAGACUUUGUGAAGGAAUUGGAGCAGUUACUUCAAUCCCUGGAAGCACAUAAAAGGAUGAGAAAGAACGAAUAUGUUGAUUGUAGGGGGUUGUUUGAGCAUGGCUAUGGAAUGAGUUCAUCCACGGAAGAAGUGAAGCGUGGAGAUGAGGUUAAGGCAGAACAGAAAUCAGAGACAACAGCUAUAGAGGUCACUGUGAUUCAAACGCAUGUGAACCUGAAAAUUCAGUGCCAGAAAAGAGUUGGGCAAUUGAUAAAAGCUAUUGGAGGCUUGGAGGAUCUUAGGCUAACUAUUUUGCAUCUAAACAUCGCAUCCUCAGAGGCUACAGUCAUCUACUCUUUCAAUCUCAAGAUUGAAGAAGACAGUAAAAUAGUGUCAGCAAGUGAAAUUGCAGAAGCAGUUAAUCGAAUAUUUAGCUCCAUUAAUAACAGCUAAAGUUCAUUGGCUUGAACCCUAGGGAGUAUGUAGCAGAGGAAUAAAGGACGAAACUUUGAAAGACAAGUGGCAGAAUGGCUAAGAAACGGGGAACACAGGGCAACCAGUUAUUGUCUUCAUAUCCAUGUGAGGAUAAUGGUUAUAGAAAAAGUGAGCAUAGCAUAUCGUAUCUGCUGCUCAAAUUUAUUGAUGAUUUGAUUAGAAUCAUGAUAACAUGGUGUAUAAUAUAUGUGUCUAUUGUUAUUUAACGUAGGUAUAAGUAAGAGAUUAGGCUAAUUAGUGGUUGGUAAUGGGUGUGAUAUGGUUGGGAUUGAGU